AUGUCGGACCUCCAGAAGAGCCUGACGCAGCUUGCGCUCAACCCAGCCUACCAUGAUCUGUUCACCAUCCUCAAGGGUUUCCGCAAUGGCAUUGUGUACGGUGCCAAGAUUCGCUUUCCGCAUGCUUUGGUGAUGACCUUCCUCUUCGGUCGCGGUACACCUCGUGAGAAGCUCACGUUCAUCCUCCGCGCGACCAAGCAGCACGCGCUCAACCUGGGGACGUUCACUCCCCUCUACAAGUUCCUCACCAUCGCGCUGCGACGCAUCUACGAGGCGACGGGCGGCAAGGGUCCUGUUCCGCACUGGCACAGUCUCGUCGCCGGGCUGAUCGGUGGCUACUACGUUUUCGGCGAGCGAACGCCCGUUAACGAACAGAUUGUGCUGUAUACAUCGUCGAGGAUCAUCGCAUCGUUCCUGCCGCGAGCAGAGACACCCAAGGACUGGCCAGCCGGCAAACCCCGACCCACCGACAAGUCUUGGUUCGCCGCCUACGCCACCAUCACCUGGGGCGUCGUCAUGUACCUCCACCAGUACCGACGCGAAACCAUCCAGAGCGGCAUGGUCAACAGCAUGGACUAUCUCUACCACAAUGCCGAAAAGUGGGACAGCUUGCGGAACCUCUUCUGGCACAACAAAUAG